AAAGGCAAAUGCAAAUGAAAAUCUGUUCUGUCAAUGGAAGAAGGGGAGGAAAGGCAGCAGUGAAAGGCUGAGAUCCGGGGAGGUAGUUGGCCGCUGGUGACUUCGCUGCUCUGUUUUCGAUUUACUUUCUGGUUGCUUCUGCACAGAGAUGAAGGGCGUGCGUUCUGGUUUUGCUUUUGCAGAAACAAAGGACUGGAAGCCGCAGACGGAGGCCACGAGCGAGCAGCAGGUUCCUGAUUUCUGGUUGAGAUCCGAGAAGGCAGUUGUGGAGUCGUCGAUGGCUGAGAUUGGGGAGGCAGUUGGUCGUCGAGACAAAGGACCGAAAGCCGCAGACGGAGGCCACGAGCGAGCAGCAGGUUCGCGAUUUUUGGCUGAGAUCGGGUAGGUAAAGGCCGGCGGUGGUAACUGGUGCGUGGUACUGGUGGUGGUCCGGUGGUGCUGUUCUUCCCCUGCUUUCUUUUGUUUUUAAUUUCUCUUGGGUUUGCUUUUGCAAUGUGUUGCGAUUUUAAUUUUUAAUUAAAGUUAAUGGUGUGG